AGCAGUUUUGCUUCCUAUAGUUGAGCAGCAGGACAGACUCUCAGAGAGACCUUAAACUCUCACCACUUCCUGAAGAAGAAGAUCUGUCAUUCCUGAUCUUCAGAGCUGGUUCCCCUCAACAUGGCUGCUGAAAACACCGAGGUAAGGCUCAUUCUGGUCGGGAAAACUGGAAAUGGAAAGAGUGCCACAGCAAACACCAUCCUUGGGAGACGUGAAUUUGAUUCUAAGAUUUCUGCUGAUGCUGUUACUAAGACCUGCCAGAAAGCCUCCAGGGAAUGGGAGAGGAGAAACCUUGUGGUGGUUGACACUCCCGGGCUGUUUGACACCAAGGAGACCAUGGAAACCACCUGCACAGAAAUCAGCCGCUGUGUCCUGUACUCCUGCCCUGGGCCUCACGCCAUCAUCCUGGUUCUGGAGCUUGGACGCUUCACCGAGGAAGAACAGAAAACUGUUGAUCUGAUCAAGGGUCUUUUUGGGGAGAAAGCCAUGAAGUACAUGAUCGUUUUGUUUACUCGAAAAGACCAGCUGGAGGACCAGAGCCUUGAUGAAUUUUUAGGCCAAGCAAAUGAAAAGCUAAAGAAUAUCAUCUUGCAGUGUGGGAAACGCUACCUGGCCUUUAAUAACAAAGCAGUAGGGGCCGAGCAAGAAAACCAAGUACAGCAUCUGGUAGAACUGAUAGAGGAAAUGGUGGGGGGAAACGAGGGCUCCUACUUUUCUGAAAAGAUAUAUGAGGAUGUAGAUAAAAGGCUGAAACAAUGUCUAAAGAAUCUGGAGGAAAUUUAUGAUCAACAAUUCAAGGAUGAAAUCCAAAGAAUAGAAUAUCAAGCAGAAAAAGAAAAGAAGGCACAGAUUGAUUCUGCAAAGAGAAAUUAUGAUGAGAAAAUGAGAAACAUUAGGAAAGAGGCAGAAGAGAAUAUAUUUAUGUAUAUUUUCAAUAAGAUAAGAGAAAUGCUUUCAGAACUUUGGGACAAGUUGAGAUGGUGAAGUAAAUGACAUUUGUUCCUUGACAGUUUCAUACAUGUGUGCAUAUAGUAUGUUCUGAUUACAUUCAUGUCUUUUGUUUGGGUAUGUUUUUUGCUUUGUGAUCCACUGAGUUUAACUAGGUUCAUGUGUGUGAGAACAGGCUCAGAACAAUCUGUAAGAGCAUGGUGGGCUCACCAGGAGGAGCACAGUGGAAGGCAAUGACUCUUCCUCUCCCAGAAUCCAUCCGUGGUUAACUCCUCAGCAGGGCGGCGUAGGUUCCCAUGAGCUCCUCCUCCAUCCAGGCCCAUGGCUGAUGUGAGCUUGUGACUGCAAUGACUGUUUCUUGAGGACACACGCAGGCACACACACACACACACACACACACACACACACACACAAUUUAAACUAUUAAAAAGGACAAGUCAUUAGGAAAGCUGGCUGGAAGCUCUGUGGUGGGCCCCCGAGUUCCACCACACGUGACGGAGAAGACAUGGAUGAUCCUGUGGAAUGAAUGCUCAGUGCUGGGAAGUACAAGAUUUUUGUGAGAUGUUCUAAUCUUCAGGAAAAAACAAAAAGCAAAACCAAAAAUCCUUCACACCACCUUCCUGGGAGAAGAUGAGGUGCAGGUCUCUGAAUUAGGAGGAUGGAGGAGAUUACAGGGUCCAGUUUCCACUAACCCUAACUUCGUUCUCUAGUAACCUGGCUCUUUACAGCUGCCAUUUCUGAACUUGAAGGGCCCUUUCUUUGGGCUUCAGUCUCUGCCCCCACCUCUAGCCUUUCUGGGCUGUGAGGGAGGUCAGUGCACUCUCACCCCCCCUCCCCCUUCCCCCCAUCUCCCAGGAGUUUGGCCAAGUAUCUCAUCCCUGAUAAUGCUUUACUUUUAUACCCUGCACAGCCCUGUGGUCCCCCUAGUAGACCUGUUGGAUGUGAGGCUGCCUGUGGUGUAUAACAGCUGCGAGACCAGAGUGUUACUGUGCAGUUGAUUUUCCAUAAGCCAACUUACCUUGACUUUGAAAUCUCUGAUGCGCUGUUAAAUGGAACUAGAACACAGCCGAACAAAAAUGCACAAAGUACUUCCACAUAGUUACACAGACCCCCUCACGGCCAUUCCUGCAUUCUCAAGGAUAUUUUAAAUAACUAUUGCUUCAAAACAGCUAAUAAUAAAAAUGAGUUUGUUUUUA